AUGCAAUAUAUGGAAUUAAUUGAGUUUAUGGUAGAUCAGCUACUGGAUGAAGACCAUGAUGAAGACUCUGAUAAGGAAUCUGAUGACACUGCCAAUGGACAUAGUGGCUCGGAUAUCAGUAUAUGGACUGCAUCACCAACAUGGCCAGAGUCCCCAGUGUCCCCUACAUUGUUGAUUACCUCUGCCUUGUCAGACAACUCUCUGACAUCACUCUUGACAGCAUACUCUGAGUUCCUAUUGCAUGACAUCCCAGACAUGUGCAAACGAGUCUUUACUCAGUUUGCCGAUGCAAUCACUGCACUGCAUGAUGAGCUACACUUGCUGGAGGAGUGGGCUCUAUUCUUGCCUGAAAAUUUUUGUUGCAAGCUCUGUGUUGAUGUGGAUGUGUUUGAUGAACUUACAAAGUUGAUUCAAGGACACACCAUCUUCUACAACAAUUUGAAUAACCCCCAACUCCCUGUCCCAAUACAGCUCACCAUUUUUCUCAAUGGCACUGGCCAUUAUGGCAAUGCUGCAACCACUGAAGACAUAUCCGACUGA